CCUACAGCUCUGGGUAGACUCCCCGGAUGAAACGCCAGGAUCCCACAGAGGUGGACCUUGUGGGCUCCAUCACAAGCUACAGACCUAAAGAGGAGGUUCUCUGAGAAUGGAGGGCCCAGAAGGAGCCUUCCUGGGACUACAGCCCCUCUGCAUUGCAGUCUGGGUUCAAGGAACCCCUGUUUGGAAGAGGGAUUCUGACUGGGAUCUGAAGAACAGAGCUGGCAGGGGUUGGGGUCGGUGGGUGGGAGUCAUCCAACCCUCUCAGAUACCGUCUGAGCAGAGGGCAGAGUUAACGUCCCAACACACACUCUUCCCAAAGCAGAGCGCAUCCUCUUAGGCCCACCCCAGAGUCCAUUUUCAGAGUCCCGUGGGUCAGCUGGUUUUGUAAGGCCUGCGAGGGGGGCCCGUUUGGUGAGUAGCUGGCCGCUGUAGGUCCCCCAGCUCUCCCUGCCCGGGCCCUGGGGGAAGGGGUCCGGAGGACCGGCUCUGCAAUUCUGCUGGUCCCUGUGGCGCCUCCCGGUGCGGGCAAACGCAGCAGCAAGUUUCUGCCACACCUCGCCCCGCACCUGCUGCAUUUCCGCGCGAAGCCAAAGCCGUGGCUGGGUAAGAGGGAGGUGGGGAGGCGGCCCUGGAGGAGGGGCGAGGCGGCACAAGGGGGCCAGCAGUGGGCCUCCAGAUUCUGUCUGGCAACGCCGUAAUGAGAGCAGCCCCUCUCCCUCGGGCCUGGGAUCACUGCUACCGAUUGUUUCCUCCUUGCCUACUUCAUUAUGCGGGCAGGAGCCCCUGCGGACCGCUCGUCAACUUCUGCCCCCUGCUUCUCAGCCCCGGCAGCACCCAGCUGAGCUCUCCACGCGGCUCUGGCUCCAGACCCAAGCUCUGCUGUCCUCGUGUCCUGCGAGCCCCUGACCAGGCACCCCACCGCCUCUCCAGCCUAGCUCAGCCCUGGAGCUCACCUCCAGGACCUGCAACCUGCCCUCCUGCCCAGAAUGACUCACCAUUAUUUCCAGCUCAAGUGUGAAGACAUGAUGGGGAGUCAGGCUGCCUGUUUCUGUAUCUAAAGUCCGUCAGCAUUUGAUCGGCUCUGCAAGGAAGAGAGGUUCAGAUCCCUGCCUUGCCAGCCAAGCGAGGCUAUCUCUGCGGCUCUCAGAGAGCCCUCGGGGCUCUCCCGCAGGAGCCCAGGCCCAUGCUCCUGUGCUUCCUGGAGCCAUCUGCAGCACCCUGAGCUCCCUGCUGCCAGGCAGCUGGAAGGCAUAGCGUGAGGCACCUCUCCCAGUCCCAAUUAUGACAGUGGCUACCGGAGACCCAGCAGAUGAGGCUGCUGCCCUCCCUGGGCACCCGCAGGACACCUAUGACCCAGAGGCUGACCAUGAGUGCUGUGAGAGGGUGGUGAUCAACAUCUCGGGGCUGCGGUUUGAGACACAGCUAAAGACCUUAGCCCAGUUUCCAGAGACCCUCUUGGGAGACCCAAAGAAGCGGAUGAGGUACUUUGACCCCCUUCGAAAUGAGUACUUUUUUGAUCGGAACCGCCCUAGCUUUGAUGCCAUUUUGUACUACUAUCAGUCCGGGGGCCGGCUGAGGCGACCUGUGAAUGUGCCCUUAGAUAUAUUCUCUGAAGAAAUUCGGUUUUAUGAGCUGGGAGAAGAAGCGAUGGAGAUGUUUCGGGAAGACGAAGGCUACAUCAAAGAGGAAGAGCGGCCUCUGCCCGAAAAUGAGUUUCAGAGACAGGUGUGGCUGCUCUUUGAAUACCCAGAGAGCUCAGGGCCUGCCAGGAUUAUAGCUAUCGUGUCUGUCAUGGUGAUCUUGAUCUCCAUCGUCAGCUUCUGCCUGGAAACGUUGCCCAUAUUCCGGGAUGAGAAUGAAGACAUGCAUGGCGGUGGAAUGACCUUCCAUACCUAUUCCAACAGCACCAUCGGGUACCAGCAGUCGACUUCCUUCACUGAUCCUUUCUUCAUCGUAGAGACCCUCUGUAUCAUCUGGUUCUCCUUCGAAUUUCUGGUGAGGUUCUUUGCCUGUCCCAGCAAAGCCGGCUUCUUCACCAACAUCAUGAACAUCAUUGACAUCGUGGCCAUCAUCCCCUACUUCAUCACCCUGGGGACGGAGCUGGCCGAGAAGCCAGAGGAUGCCCAGCAGGGCCAGCAGGCCAUGUCGCUGGCCAUCCUCCGUGUCAUCCGGUUGGUAAGAGUCUUUAGGAUUUUCAAGUUGUCCAGACACUCCAAAGGUCUCCAGAUCCUAGGUCAGACCCUGAAGGCCAGCAUGAGGGAAUUGGGCCUCCUGAUAUUCUUCCUCUUCAUUGGGGUCAUCCUUUUCUCUAGUGCUGUCUAUUUUGCUGAGGCUGAUGAGCGAGAUUCCCAGUUCCCCAGCAUCCCGGAUGCCUUCUGGUGGGCAGUCGUCUCCAUGACAACUGUAGGCUAUGGAGACAUGGUUCCGACUACCAUUGGGGGAAAGAUCGUGGGUUCCCUAUGUGCAAUUGCAGGUGUGUUAACCAUUGCCUUACCGGUCCCUGUCAUAGUGUCCAAUUUCAACUACUUCUACCACCGGGAGACAGAGGGAGAGGAGCAGGCCCAGUACUUGCAAGUGACGAGCUGUCCAAAGAUCCCAUCCUCCCCUGACCUAAAGAAAAGUAGAAGUGCCUCUACCAUUAGUAAGUCUGAUUACAUGGAGAUCCAGGAGGGGGUGAACAACAGUAACGAGGACUUUAGAGAGGAGAACUUGAAAACAGCCAACUGUACUUUGGCUAAUACAAACUAUGUGAAUAUUACCAAAAUGUUAACCGAUGUCUGAUUGAAACUUAUUAACAUACAGCUCACCGGAACUAAUGCAGACAUUGCAUAAUAGCCUGCAUUGUAGUCAUUGUGUUCUACAGUGUGUAUCUGGUUCUGCAUGGAAAGCAAUAGUUGUGCAAGUGACUUUCGAUCUUUCGAUUUUUUUAUUUAGAACACAGAAUACCUAUCCAUGGCUUUCAUGCGAAUCUUCAUCACCGGCUUAGGGGUUUCCAAAGAUGGGAGUCACCUAUGGAGCCAGGAUUU